AUGCCAAGACAAAAAGGACCUUGGGAGAACGGGCUGAACGGAGAAGAGGAGCUCAUUGCCGGAGAGUUACCGUGCAGUGACCUUGUUGCCGUCGUUGGGAACCCACUGCCGCCAGAAAACACACCCUUUGCCCCUGCCGCCGUCCGCUGCCCCCUCCCCAUCCAGAAUGGUCGGGAACAUCUUAUCUUAAAGGUUAGGAAGAGCCAGUUUAUACCAGCUGGUUUUGAUGGUGUUCCACAGGAGAUCCUUCCACAUUUAGAGCUUGCGGGAUUUACCGGGAUUGCUCACGUGUGUCAAUUUCCAUUGGACCUCUCGUUGAUCACUGCAUUAGUAGAGAGAUGGAGGACAGAGACACACACUUUUCAUUUGCCUCAAGGUUUACGGAUUGAUGGAAGACUUUUGAUAGCACCUAUUAGAGGUAAUUAUGCUGAUAUUGUUGAGGAGAGUCUAGGGAUUAGACCAUCACGUGUAGAUUUUGUUGGUAGCUUCUUGAAGACGAGUUGGCUAGACCAGCAUUUUACCCAUGUGGCGAUGCAUGCACAGAAUCCUGUACAGAUCACCUGA